GAUGGCAGUGCUCCUUUGAUCAGCUGGUAUUUCUGGAGAACGACUGAGGAAGUGAUUAGUGUUUAGGUGCCAGAAACAGAAAUAGUAAAGAUGAAAGUGAGAAGCAGACCGUAGAGUAAAGCUGUCGGUGUAGUGUACAGUGGCCCACUGAGAUCUGAUCUGAUCUGAUCCGUGUGUUUAUUCGCGUCUGACGACAGACAGCUGAGAUCGGCGAGACGAAGAUCAUGAACAACAGCAGCACACCACCCUCCUCUUCUUCAUCCGAGGCUGGAGACAGCAGAAGUUUAGUGUUUGUCCCGAGUGAACCGCUCAGACCGCCGCGCACGGCUCCUCCGGUGUCUGACAGCAGCGCAGAGAGCAGAUCCUCAGUUUCUUCAGGGCACAAUAGCAGCAGUGCCGCAGAUGCGCUUGUGAAAAACUCCAAACUGUCUGCGGCUGCAUCUGAGUUUGUCCCGGGCUCUUAUGCAUCAUUCCAGGAUGAUGUAUAUUCCGAUGAAUCUGAGGGAUUCUAUGUCGAGCCCUCUUUGGCUGAUUUCGUUCAGGAAUUCGUAAGCCAUCUGUACUCAUCUCCAGGGUCCUUUGAGACAGAAAUCGAUUACAUCACAGACACACUGAACAGCUGCGUCACUACAGAGGAGACUCUGCAGGAGCUGGUAGAGCUCAUCUACGUACAGUCCACGUCUGUCCCUCACUUCGCCUACACGGUAGCGAGGCUGUGUAACCAUCUGUCUCAUCACAUCCAUUUCAGUCCAGCCAGCGGUAACUUCCGACAGCUGCUGCUGAAGAGGUGUCACACUGAGUAUGAGCAGAGGGAGCAGGCCUUGAGAGGAGAUCCAGACACCCAGAAAAAGUUUUACUCUUAUGUGCUGUUUCUGGGGGAGCUUUACAUUAACCUGGAGAUAAAAAGUGGAAAGAACAAACCUGGGCGAGCUAAUAUCUUACUGGGAGCACUAAAGGAUCUUUUGAACACAUUAUUUUCUCACCCAGAUAACCCCAACCUAAUGUGUGCUGUCAAAUUACUCAAGCUGACUGGUUCCGUUCUGGAAGACACAUGGAAGGAGAAAGGCCAGUCUGACAUGGACGAGGUAAUCAAGAAAAUCGAAGACAUUGUGCUGGAUGCCAAAUGCAGCCGAGAUGUCAGGACGAUGCUGUUGAAACUGGUGGAGCUGCGAUCCAGUAACUGGGGUCGAGUUCACACAGCCGCUGUGAGCAGUGACGCUACACCUGACAACGACCCCAACUACUUUAUGAAUGAACCAACCUUCUACACAGCAGAUGGGACGCCUUUCACAGCAGCGGAUCCUGAAUACUCAGAGAAAUACCAGGAGAUUCUAGACAGAGAAGACUGCUUCCCUGAUGCAUAUGAAGAGGAUGGAAAUGAUUCCUUCUGCAGUGAUGAAGAUGAAAUGGAUCCAGAGAUUGAGGAGGCGUUUGAGAGGUUUUGCAUGGAGUCGGACGCAAGAAGAAAGAAAUGAGAAACUGUGAUGAUCAUGUUGACGCCACACCCGACCAGCUGGAAUGUUUCAGAGCGGAAAAACCAAGAACGUUUCGGUUGAUUUUCGUUUGAUUUGGCUACAGUGUCACUGGAUUCAAAGGCUGGAAUUACUGUUUAGAUGUAAUGCAGCAUAAUUGGCAAGUCUGUCAGGCCAUCAAAUUACCAUUGGUUUGGCAUUUGGGUUGUGAGGUUUAUUUUAUGUGUUCUGAUUUGUCAAAAAUCCCCCAAAAUGUUUGCAGUGAGAUUUUUAUGAGCCAAAGAGUAGCAUCAUCAAGUAAAGUGUGGUUUGUUUGCAAACUAACUGCUCAAUAUCCAACUAAAUGUACGAGAAACUGGGUUCUGCAUUUUACUCCUCAAUACUUUGCCAUGUAGAGCCGAAGAGCACAGGGAGAAAGACAAAAACUUUUAAGAGAAAAUAUUUUUUUCUGUUCUUCCUUUAUCUGAUUUUCCACAAUCCUUUUUAGAUUUUCAAUUUAUGCACAUCUUUGAAGAAAAGGCAACCCUGACUUUAAAGUCCGUUUGAUUUUUGGAAUGCUGAAAUAAAGUUUCCUCAUAUGUUAAGUGUAUCAGUUUAGAGGAAAAGCUCAGAACAGGUUUUGGGAGUUUAUACAGACUCAUCCACGACUGUGAUUUACAGAACUUUUCUCAUCACCACCACCAUCUCAUGGAUCCCAUAUAAAGGAAUGUUUAUUUUACUACAGUUGUAAAUAUUAUUUACUGCACUGUUUGCCUGCAAUAAAUCUUUAUAAAAACACA